AUGGCAUUUGCCUUCGGCCGUUCCACGACAGAGUCGGCUAACUAUUACUCAAAGCAAAAUUCAACAGAACUCCCCAAUGGACCUUCUGAUUCUGUGUCUCAACUAGCGUGGUCCCGAGAUGGACAGGCUCUUGCUUGUGCCUCAUGGGAUCGCACCUGCCGUGUGUGGCAAAUCACAACGCAACCGGCGGCCUUCGGCACCAAUGGCCAAGUCCUUUAUAAGGGAAAUCCUCAGUCUCUCUUUACAGAAACUGCCCCCGUCCUCUCAUGCUGUUUCGGGGACACCACACAGAUGCUGCUUACAGCUGGAUGUGACAAACAGGUCAAGGCCUAUGACCUUAUCAGCGGCCGAACUACGGGCCAAGUCAUUGGGCAGAUAUGCAAGGCAGCUUUCCACGAUUGUUUCUUGGGAAUCUGUGACACUUUCCACGACUGCGUGAUCCUGAAUGUUCCUCUUUUGUUGCAACAGGGCCAGUCGGCCUUUGCUGUAAACACUCCGAGUGCCGCGGCAGCUGCCUCCAUACCCGUUAUUACGAAAACAGGAUCUCAGUUCCAGAAAAUGCAAACGCGUUCUAUUGGGUUUUUUACUGACGACGCUACACAAUGUCCAGGGGUGGUGCUUGGAAGCGUAGAGGGACGAAAUUUGGACUUCAGCUACAGGUGUCACCGCCAAGAAGGUCCGCAGCAGCAGGUCCAGAUAUUCUCCGUAAAUGCGGUUUCGUUCAACAAGCUGAAAACGUUUAGUACUGGAGGCCCAGACCAACAGGAGCUUGCCAAGGGGCAUCACGUUUAUAUUCAUGCGAUGAAGGAAGAGGAUAUUCGCCCUCGGCCAAAGAAUAGCCAGCGUCGCUGA